AUGGUGGCACCGGCUCGGUUUGGUCUGAAGGUUCGUUAUUUCAGCACCACAGUGGUCAAACCAGUGAGCAAACUGGUGAUGCCACCUAUUCAAGUCUAUGGAGUUGAAAGUAGUGCCAGCAAGCAGAGGAAACUGGACUGAGUGGAGCAGGAACUACAUAAGAUAGUUUCAAUAAUGAUAGACCCCAAGUUCUAUGGAAUGGUCAACAAUCCCCACAUUAAGCGCAAUAUCGAGCAAAAAACUGUGAAUGACAUUCUGUUGAAACAGAAAGUUUCCCCAAUCAUGCUCAACUUUGUCAAUUUGUUAGCUGAGAUUGGACGGUUGUGCCAGACCCCCGAUGUUACUACUGCUUUUAGUAAGAUCAUGAGUGCAUAUCGUGGGGAUGUUCUCUGCUCAGUCACUGCUGCUCAGCCCCUGGAUGAAGCAAAUCUUUUGGAGGUAAAAUCUGUUCUUAGUGGUUUUCUUAAAAAAAAAAGUGAAACCCUGAAACUGGAGACCAAGACUGAUCCUUCAAUCCUGGGUGGAAAGAUUGUUAGUGUUGGUGAUAAGUAUGCUGAUAUGUCUACAAAAACCAAGAUUCAAAAACUCAACAAACUGAUAAAUGAAGCCGUAUAA